AUGGCCCCUAUACAUCGAAUAUUCUCAUCGGCGAAUAACAAGCCCUAUCGAACCAAGCAACUGGAAGAAGAAAACCCACCGUACUUAAACGAGGAUGGCUACGUCGACUUUGCACCAGGCGACAUUCAAAACCCACAGAAUUGGUCUACUGUUCGGCGCUGGUCCGUCACGUUCUCAGCUGUGUUGCUCGUACUGAAUGCUACUUUUGCAUCGACCUCGCCUAGUGGAUGCUUCCCGUCUAUCUCAGAACACUUCCAUGUAUCCGAGUUGGUAGCAGGCUUGACCAUUACCCUGUUUCUACUGGGUUACUGUGCUGGACCGCUCAUCUUCGCACCACUAAGUGAGCUCUACGGAAGAAGAUGGAUCUUCUAUAUCACCUUUACGCUAUAUCUGAUCUUUAACUUUCUCAAUGCACCUGGCGUACUCGCGGAUCUGUGGACCCCGAUCGAGCGCGGAAAUGCCAUGGCAGGAUUUUCUGCCAUGGUAUGGGUUGGGCCAGCAUUAGGGCCUGUUAUUGCCGGGUUCCUCGAACUGAAGAAGGACUGGCGUUGGAGUUUCUAUGUCCUUCUCUGGCUUGGUGGUGCAACAGCUCUCGUCAUGUUGACUAUUCCCGAGACACAUGCUCCCACAAUUCUCCUUAAGAAGGCUCGAAGAAUACGAAAGGCAAAGAUUCCUGGUUAUGAGAAUGUCAAAGCUCGUUCUGAAGAGGGUGAUCGUACACUGAAAACCGUGUACCGUAUCGCCUUGACCAGACCGUGGAUUAUCCUCUUUGACACCAUAUCCUUUCUCUGCGCAGUAUACAUGUCAGUAGUCUACACGCUGUUAUACAUGCUUUUUAGCAUCUAUCCAAUCGUGUUUCAGCAACGACGUGGCUGGAAUCCCGGUGUUGGAGAGCUGCCCUUGAUUGGGACUGUUAUUGGUGCGUUCAUCGGUGGUGGCAUAGUUUUGAUCGAUACGCGAAUUAGAAAGAAGAAGAUUGAGAAUGGGGACAAACAGAUGGAGCCUGAAGACAGACUGCCAUUGGCAAUGAUAGGAGGUGUUGGAUUUGCCGUGACCAUGUUCUGGUUUGCAUGGACGGCUGAGUAUAACUCUAUCCAUUGGAUCGUACCGACGCUGGCGGGAACUUUCCUAGCUACAUCUCUGAUGUUGAUCUUUGUGGCUUUCCUGACGUAUCUCGUUGAUGUUUAUCUCAUGUACGCGGCAUCUGCUAUUGCAGCAAAUACCAUUGCUCGAUCAGCAUGCGGCGCUGCUGCCCCCUUGUUCACAACCCAAAUGUUCGAUACAUUAGGAGUUGGUGGUGGUGGAAGUCUAAUCGGAGGAGUUGCUACAGUCCUAGCCGUUAUCCCGUUUCUGUUCUACCGAUACGGGAAGCAGAUUAGAAUCAGAAGCAAGUUUGCGCCGACAAAAGAGAAGAGCGAAGCUAGGGAGAAGGAUGAGGAACAGGCCGACAACAAUGCCACUGCUCGAAGGAACAGUGUUUUAUCUCAUCCAGACAGGGCGAGUAGCUCGGAUACCACAGUGGCCGCCGCAUGA